UCUUUCAUUAUAAUUAACAAAUCAACACAGCGCUCUCCUAGUUCCUCCAUCUCUCUCGGUAUAUUUCUCCCACUCUCUUCUGUCAUCACUCUCUCUCAGAUAAGAUGGCUGCAGUUGCUCGAGCCCUGGAGACCUCAAAUGUCACAAGCAUCAAAUCACUAGUUGAGUCACCAACUCUCAGCUCUGUCCCUUCUGCUUAUGCCUUCAACAUAAACCCUAAUGAUGAAGCUGAUCCAAAUGACCCUGAGUUUGCUAUUCCCAUUGUCGAUAUGUCUCUUCUCACCUCUGGUUCUCCAGAUCAGCGCACCCAAAUCGUCCACGAUCUUGUCAAAAUUUGUGAAGAAUGGGGCUUCUUCAUAGCGAUUAACCACGGAGUACAGGAGAGCCUAAUGAAGGGCAUGAUCGAGGCAUACCAUGGAUUUUUCAGUCUUCCAGAUGAAGAAAAGGAGGAGUUUAAGUUCGGAAAUGAUGUUCUCGAGAUGUUCAAUUAUGGAACAAGCUAUAAUCUAGCACUGGACAAAGUACUUUUAUUGAGGGACUUCUUCAAGGUCCGAACACAUCCUGAGUUUCACUCCCACUACAAACCAGCUAGCUUCAGUGAGAUUUCGCUAGAGUUUAGCAAAAGAAGCCGAGAAGUAGCCUUAGAAAUAACAAGAGCAAUAUCGGAAAGCUUGGGGUUGCAGCCGGACUAUAUAUACAACACAAUGAACAUGGAUCGUGGCUUACAAAUGCUAGCCGGUAACUACUACCCACCUUGUCCUCAGCCUCAAAAUGCAAUUGGUAUACCCCAUCAUACCGAUCCUGGUCUAGUCACACUCGUCAUCCAAAAUGAGAUGAAUGGUCUCCAAGUAGAGCACAAUGGAAAAUGGCUCACUGUGAAUGGCCCUCCCAACGGCUUUUUUGUUAACCUUGCUGAUCAAAUGCAGAUUCUUACGAACGGUAAGUACAAGAGUGUGAUGCACCGAGCCACAGUGAACAACAAAGCCACAAGAAUAUCGAUAGCUAUACCACAUGGACCAUCCAUUGACACGAUCAUAGCACCAGCACCAGAGUUGUGUGAAAGAGAAGGCCAAGCUCCAAAAUACCAUGCAAUGAACUACAAGGAAUACAUGCAACUUGUGCAAAGCGGCAAGAACUACAUGAAGGCAACACUUGAUCAUAUCCGAGCCUAGCCUAUCUAGCUUGUUAUAUAUUGUAUUGAGACUGUUGCGUUUCAUUAUUCUUGUUCUUGUUUUAAUAAUCAUGCCAUGCCAUCUUCUGUUUCAAGCCAAUUAUGUUGGUAUAAGUGGUUUCAAAGAGCUCGUAGUAAGACAGUGGAUGAGCAUGGCAUUAUUAAUACUCAUUAAACAUGUAACGACUUUUUACGAUUGGAAUUUAAUUGGAUUUCAUCGGUAA